AUGGGGCUGCACAACACUCCUAAGGCAGCAUUUCUAAGGCUGUCACCUGGGCAUCUGGAAGUGUUUUCAAGUCGCACGGAUGAUUGCGAUGCACAGCGGGGACAUCCUGUGACAAGAAGUCUUGAUGUAGCCCCCAGUCUCCUGCUUUGGAAGGAAAAGCCUGAUGUGGAGGACAGAUGGAGGAAGGAAGGCAGAGCCGGCACUUGGGGACGGCCGUGGUCCGAGCGGCUCCGGAGCAGCUCUUCUCACAGAGGCGGGGACAGACCGACAGCGGACACCCUGGCGCCCCCCGCAGCCCCUGUCCCCCGAGGGCCGGUCCCCUGGCAGGGGCUCCUGCUGGCAGUCUCACUCUUAACCAGGACCCUGCCCACAACUGCCCAGCUCACUGUGGAGUCGGUGCCGCCCAGUGCUGUCCAAGGGCAGGAUGUUCUUCUGCUUGCUCACAAUCCUCCUGAGAGUCUUCUAGGCUAUGUCUGGUACAAAGGGAACCGUAAUGUCACCCAGGAGGACACAGGAUACUACACUCUACAAGCCUUACAAGGAAGUCUUCUUAGUACAACAGCAACUGUCCAGUUUAGUGUCUACCCAAACGAGAAAGCCUCGGAGUCCUCCCCGUGGACUAUCCCCGGCACUGUGAUUGGGGUCCUGGUCGGGGUGGCGCUGGCAGCUGCCCUAGGGUGUUUCCUGUUCCUCAAGAAGACUGGAAGGGCCAGUCACCAAUGUUUACUCAAAGAGCUCGGCCCUCCAGCACCCACCCCCGGCCAAAGUCCCUCCAGCAGCUCCACCUCACCGGCCCCACUACCUGAUGCCAGGGCAGCUGUUCCCAUCUAUGAGUGUUUGUCACACCCCGACACGAACAUUUACUGCCGCAUCGACCAUAAAGCAGAUGUGGCUUCUUAGUUUCCUCCGUCAGCUGCUCUUUAAGAGCUGUGGCAGGGUCCGCCUGACCCCACUCCCUGGCUAGGGUCACAAGCUGGAGCCUGAGCCAGCAAAUCAGCUCUGAGCCUGGGGAUAUUCAGGGAUCCGAGGCCAGGUUCCCGACUCUCCUGAUUUCUGCAGACCCCGAAGGGCUGCCCUGAUUCCUGGGUGGGCCAGACAAAGGCUCCCAUCCCCCCAGGAAGUGGGGGAGCUCCCAGGGAUGGUGACCUGACCCUCCUCCACCACCUGAGAGGGUGUGAAUAAAGAGGACCCUUCACCUC